UGAGAUCACAGGAAAAUGGAGAAGAAGCAGAGUGUUCUAGUGUGUUUGUGGGAGUCUGAUAUCCUGCAGUGGAUCUAAUGUCUUUCGCAUUGCUCUUUCAUUGACUAGCUCAGCAAUUUUGGCUGAAUCUUGUUGAAUCUCUCAGGAAGUCUUACUAACUGCAGCAAGCCUCCUGCUGUGGAAAAAACUCAUUUAGCCCAUUUAUAGAGACAUUUGAAGAAGACGCUGACAGUAUUAUGUUUAAUUAGGUGGGUGUCUUGUGUACAAUAUAAUCUGUGUUAGCAAAUGUUGAGAGGAUUGUACUAGCACUGGUUCACUUUCACCAAACCUACCGAUACAGUGAAAGUGAAAUGUUAUGACUAAAAUGCUAUGAGAAAAUAAUAAUGUGCUGUCUAAGAGGUUCAAAUUAAAAUGGCUAUUCUUUUCUCUUUCAGUUUCUUGCUGGUGUUCUCCUGUUUGGUCCUAUCUGUGUUCUCAACCAUCAGGGAGUAUGAAAAGAGCUCUGAGGAUGCCUUGUACAUACUGGAAAUUGUAAUGAUAGUGGUGUUUGGAGUUGAAUACAUUGUAAGAAUUUGGUCAGCGGGAUGUUGCUGUCGAUACCGAGGAUGGAGAGGCAGGCUAAAGUUUGCUCGAAAACCUUUUUGUGUCAUAGACAUCAUGGUGCUAAUAGCCUCCAUCUCAGUGUUGGCAGCUGGCACACAGGGCAAUGUGUUUGCCACCUCAGCCAUCAGAAGUCUCCGCUUCCUCCAGAUCCUCCGCAUGAUUCGCAUGGACCGCCGUGGGGGAACCUGGAAACUGCUGGGGUCUGUUGUCUACGCUCACAGCAAGGAGUUGAUCACAGCUUGGUACAUUGGCUUCCUGUGCCUGAUCCUGGCCUCUUUCCUUGUGUAUCUGGCCGAGAAGGAGGAAAACGAGAUGUUUGCGACCUAUGCUGAUGCUCUGUGGUGGGGUCUGAUCACACUGACCACAAUAGGGUAUGGAGAUAAGUAUCCAAUAACGUGGAAUGGACGUCUUCUUGCAGCAACAUUCACCCUCAUCGGAGUGUCUUUCUUUGCCUUGCCCGCUGGAAUCUUGGGCUCUGGCUUUGCCUUGAAGGUCCAGGAGCAGCAUCGCCAAAAACAUUUUGAAAAACGACGGAAUCCAGCUGCAGGGCUCAUUCAGGCAGCCUGGAGAGUGUAUGCUACCAAUCUCUCUCGCACAGACCUGCAGUCAACCUGGGACUACUAUGAGAGAACUGUGUCAGUCCCUAUGUACAGACUCAUCCCCCCCCUUAACCAGCUUGAUCUGCUGAGAAAUCUGAAGAGUAAAUCUGGCCUUUCUUUUAGGAAGGAAGCCCAACCAGAGCCAUCCCCAAGUCAGAAGGUCAGUCUGAAAGAACGAGUGUUCUCCAGCCCGAGAAGCUCGGGAACAAAGGGGAAAAGUUCACCUCAGGGCCAGCAGCCUCUGAGACGCUCUCCCAGUGCAGAUAACAUUGAAGACAGUCCUUCUAAGGUGCCCAAGAGUCUGAGUUUUGGUGACCGUGGCCGUGCUAGACAAGCAUUUCGCUUCAAAGGGGCAGCUUCACGCCAAAACUCAGAAGAAGCCAGCCUACCUGGAGAGGACAUUGUUGAUGACAAUAAGAGCUGCCACUGUGAGUUUGUUCCACAAGAUUUAACACCAGGAAUAAAAGUUACCAUCAGGGCGGUGUGCAUUAUGCGGUUUAUGGUGUCAAAGAGAAAGUUUAAGGAGAGUCUCCGGCCUUAUGAUGUGAUGGAUGUUAUUGAGCAGUAUUCAGCUGGACACCUAGACAUGUUGGCCAGGAUUAAAAAUCUGCAGUCCAGGGUCGACCAGAUUGUUGGCAGAGGUGCUCCAAUCACAGACAAGGAUCGUCCUAAAAGCUCAACAGAAGCAGAAAUUGCAGAGGAUCCAAGCAUGAUGGGAAGGCUUCUGAAAGUAGAGAAACAGGUGAUGUCAAUGGAAAGGAAACUUGAUUUCUUGGUAAAUGUCUACAUCCAGCGAAUGGGAAUUCCACAGUCUGAGACAGAUGCCUACUUUGGUUCUAAGGAGCCUGACCCAGCCCCACCAUACCAUAGCCCAAUCGAGCAUAUGGAGAAGUCUGGCUCUAUUACCAAGAUCAUCCGUUCUAACAGCUCAACUGGCCAAAAGAAUCUUGAUGCUCCUCCAUCUGCAUGUGUCAACCAGAACAACUGCCCUCCAUCCACUUCUUGGCAACCUUAUGCCCUUCCUGGACCCCCUCAGUGCUGCAGAGGCACCUCCCCAGUAGGUGACACCUCCUUGGUGCGAAUCCCACCCCCACCAACUCAUGAGCGCUCCUCUAGUGGCCAUAAUGGCUCCAACCGAGGCUCUCGUGGCAGUGCAGUGGAGGAGGUGAAGCCUGGAGCUCUGUCUCAGCAGCAGGCAGGUGCUGACAGUGACACGUCCAUCUCCAUUCCCUCUGUGGAUCACGAGGAGCUUGAGCGCUCCUUCAGUGGCUUCAGUAUCUCACAGUCUAAAGAGAACCUAGAGUUCCUUAACAACGCAUACUUCAGUGGCGUGACACGCUGCUCCAAAGUGAGGCCCUACAUCGCAGAGGGUGAGUCCGAUACAGACUCCGAGCUUUGUGCCCCUUCACCUCAUUCUGCCACUGGAGAAGGAGCAUACAGUGACAGAGGCUGGUCUGGCCCCAAGUAAAUCUGAAAGUGAACUUUCAAAGUUGGAUUUUCUGUUGGGGGUGGUAACCUCUGAACAAACCACAGGCAACAUGUGGCAAGAAGCUGUAUUUGUUAAAACCACAGCUACUUCCUACAGACACAGCUCUGAAUUCCAUGCCAGACUCCUGGUAGUAAUGCCGACCGCCUAAAUGUGGAGCUUUCUGGUACUUAAGAAUUUCCUAGACAGGUGGUACUUGCGGCAGUUACCUUUAAAGCUGUCAUUCAUCUUUUGAGAGAGAAGCAUCUACUGCUCAGUCAUUGUGCAUCUUUCCUUAAAAAAAAUCUAAGCAAGAGAAAGGCACAGGAAAAGAUUAGCCAGCAGGGUCACCUUAAGUUACAUAUUUCUUCACCCUCAUUUGUCCAGCCAUUCAGGUUAUGUUUAUCCAGUCACACUGUCUUAGUACUCUGAGACAGACAAGAUGGUUUCUUGUUGUCCACAUUAGCCCAUGGAUGCACUUCAAAAUAUAAACUGCUUUAAAAUUGUCCAAUAUUCAAUAUCUUCCAUCAUGACAAAAUUAUUUUUUAGUAAAAUU